AUGGAGAGGAAUGUUUUGAGCAAGAACUUGAACGAGAGCCAUAGCACUCUUAAUGGCAGUAGAACCAUUUUGGACAGCACCACCACUAAGAAGGCCAAAGAUCCAUGGGAUUGCAGCAGCGCUGGCUGUACUUACGGAGCAGACACCAUAGGUGGGUUCUCAUGGCCUCCAAGAUCUUACACAUGCACUUUCUGCAAGAAGGAGUUCAGAUCUGCUCAAGCUCUUGGAGGCCACAUGAACGUUCACAGGAGAGAGAGAGCCAGGCUGAGACAAUCACCUCCAAGGGACAUCCCUAAUCUUAACCUUGACCUUAACCCUGAGUCUGAUCACUAUUCUAACAAUGGUCCUGUCCCCGCUUCUAGGCCCAACCCCAAUUUCCUAAACUCUUCAUCAUCACCAUCAUCAUCUUCUCCAAGUAGACUCCCACCACUGUUCGCUUGCAGUAAUUUGCCUCCCUUGGUUUCUCCUUCUCCUUCUUUGUCUUCACUGUCUUCUGUUUCUCCCUGUGAAGUGAAGAGAACAAAUAAGAGCUUUUUUGGGUCCAGAGAAUUAGAUAAAUUCACACACAUGGAAGGGGAGAGCAGUGCUCUGAAAAAGACAGGUGGGUUUGUGAGGUUGGACUUAGACAUUGGUCUGGUUGGUCACUCAAAGGAGGAUUUGGAUUUGGAACUUCGACUUGGGUAUUCUUAG